UCCAGGGCCGUGGGGACACACUCAGUGGCCUCUGACCGCAGGCUCCGCCCUGGGUCGGUUAUCUGCGAGUUAGUGGAUAGCGGAGUCCAAGCCAGCAGCUUUGCACUCGUCAUGGCGCCGCUGCUGCAGAUGCUGUGGCUGCUGGCGCUGCUCCGGGCCGUGGCCCUGGUCCCGGUCCCCGCCGAGCCCUGGACUGAUGACGAGCAGGCCUGGGAUCUGUCGUCCUCGGAGCUGCUAGCGCCCGCCCGCUUCGCGCUGGACAUGUACAAUUACGGCCGGGCUGCAGGGACGAGGGCCGUGCUGGGGGCCAUACGCGGGCGCGUCCGCCGGGUGGGUCGAGGCUCUCUCUUCUCCCUGGAAGCCACAGUGGAGGAGCCACUUUGCAAUGAUCCACUGGUGUGCCCGCUCCCUAUGUCCAAUAAAACCAUGCUCUGCAGCUUCCAAGUCCUGGAUGAGCUAGGAAAACACAUGCUGCUGAGGAGGGACUGUGGCCCAGUGAAUACCAAGGUUACAGAGUAUGGAAAUGAGACUUUCAGCUCAUUCCUUCCCCUGCUGAACAAGGACCCUCUGCCCCAGGACUUUUCUGCAGAGAUGGCUACAGUCUUCAAGCACUUCAUGACUACCUAUAACCGGACUUACAAAUCAAGGGAAGAAGCCCAGUGGCGUUUCACUGUCUUUACCAGAAACUUGAUACGAGCACAAAAGAUUCAGGCCCUGGACCAGGGCACAGCUGAGUAUGGGAUCACCAAGUUCAGUGACCUCACAGAGGAGGAAUUCUACACCAUCUACCUGAAUCCCGUCUUACAAAAGGAGCCUGGCAGGAAAAUGAGUCUAGCCAAGUCCAUAAAUGAUCUCGCCCCACCUGAAUGGGACUGGAGGAAGAAAGGGGCUGUCACUGAAGUGAAGGACCAGGGCAUGUGUGGUUCCUGCUGGGCUUUCUCUGUCACGGGCAAUGUGGAGGGCCAGUGGUUCCUAAACCGGGGGACUCUGCUCUCCCUGUCAGAGCAGGAGCUCUUGGAUUGUGACAAGAUGGACAAAGCCUGCUUUGGUGGAUUGCCCUCCAAUGCCUACACAGCCAUAAAGGAUUUGGGAGGGCUGGAGACAGAGGACGACUACAGCUACCAGGGCCAUGUUCAGGCCUGCAGCUUUUCAGCACAGAGGGCAAAAGUCUACAUCAAUGAUUCAUUGGAGCUGAGCAAGAAUGAGAACAAGAUGGCAGCCUGGCUGGCCCAGAAAGGACCGAUCUCAGUUGCCAUCAACGCCUUUGGCAUGCAGUUCUAUCGUCAUGGGAUCGCUCACCCUCUCCGGCCCCUCUGCAGCCCUUGGCUCAUCGACCAUGCUGUGUUGCUGGUGGGCUAUGGCAACCGCUCCAAUACUCCUUAUUGGGCCAUCAAGAACAGCUGGGGCAGUAACUGGGGUGAGGAGGGUUACUACUACUUGUAUCGCGGGUCUGGAGCCUGUGGUGUGAAUACCAUGGCCAGCUCAGCAGUGGUGAACUGAGGGAGUUGCUGACCGGACGCUGACCACAGUGGCCCUUUCCUUAGCCUGACUCAUGCCCAGGCCCCUCCUCAGGAGAUGCAGCUGGCCGAGGGAUAGGCUCUUGGUAUCUCAGGGUGAGCAGUAGGCCCUGGGCCCCUUCUUCCCUCCCUCACUCCCUCUCAUGCCCACCUGAAGUUUCUCAGCUGUGUCUUUGUUGAAUUGUAGUAGCUAAGAGGAUUCUGAGGUUAAGGAGGCUUUCAUGGAAGCCAGCAUUGGGGCAAGAACCCCAGACUCGGGUAAGGUGCAGGAUGAAAAUAUUCUCAUCAAAACCUUGCUUUGUCCUCAGUGGGCUCUGACUUCCUGCCUUGAUUUUCCUCUGUCUGAUGCUGUAAAUUUCUGGUCCCCUUUCACAUUCAGGAAACUUGUAACCAGCCUUCUCUAAGAGCAAUAAAGAGGUACCCUGCUCCCCA